CCCAAGAAGUUCCAUUACACUUUAUCAGUUCCUAUGAGUCAAACGUCGAAUACAUCAUCGUUGUUGUCUUAUUUCAACGCCUAUAAUCAUGAUCAAAUAGAUAGCUCAUUGCCCUCUCACUUUAACAUCUACGAACAGGAUAUUACACCUGAUUUUUCACCACCUUGUUUUAAUACAUACGAACUCGCCUUACCUUAUUAUAGCUAUAAACAUAAUAUUGCAAACAUUUCGUCUUUUUAUCCAAACGCCUAUGAGUACUAUGAUAAUGUAAAUACUUCCUCUAGUGAUUCGUUGACUGAAUCGGAUAUUGAGGCUCAACCAGAAGGUGCAGAUAAUGGGAUUUAUGAUAAGAGGGAAAAUAAUGAGUAUGAAGAUAGUGAAAAUGAGGAGGAAAGAAAAAAUAAUUUAUUAGUAUUACGUAAAGGAAUGAAGUUUAGUACAUGGGAACUUGCCGAAUCAUACCUUACUGAUUAUGCGAAGCAGGAGGGGUUCAGCUUUCAAAAGAAAAGACAGGUUGUUAACUCUGAUGACUACACCAUAACAAGACGGUGA